GGUUAUUGUCAGCUGGUUACACUUAGAUUAUGAAAAAUAAGAAGGUGCACAGAUAAAACUAUAAACACUAAAAAAUUACUCAAUGUAAUUCAUCCAUACAUUAUACAAACGUUCAUAUUAUAUUGACCAGCAGCGAAUAGUCGACACAACGUAUAAGGAUGGUGGUGACAUCUGGUUGCCAAUCUCAUGGACAUCAUCAAAAGUUCAUUGCAUUAUUGAUACUGUGCUUUUUGGAUUGUGGUCAAGGCGAUGGUAAAGAAAAGCGAGAAAUAUCAAGUCCAAAAGGUAAAAGUGGACAACCAGGAGGAUCUGGUAACUCAGAAUGGCAACAGUUAUGGUAUUCAAGCGUCGAUGAAUUUCAAAAGCUCACAGAGCCACUUUUGGACAAUACCACUGAAACUAACCUUACCGUGCCAUUAGGUAGCACCGCUUACCUUCAUUGUCGUGUUAGAAAUUUAGGCGAGCGAACGAUAUCAUGGGUUCGCCGCAGGGAUUGGCACAUCUUGACUUCGGGCAUGUUCACAUACACAAACGAUGAGAGGUUCACCGUGUUGCACGCCGAAGGAUCGGAUGAUUGGACACUGAAAAUAAAAUACGUGCAGAAAAGAGACAACGGCACGUACGAAUGUCAGAUAUCCACUGGAACAGGCAUAAUGUCCUCAUUCAUCAACGUCCACAUCGUUGUUCCUGAAGUCCAUAUCGAUGGACCAAGUGAACUUCACGUAGAUAUGGGUAGCAUAAUAAAUCUUCUUUGUAUCAUCGAAAAAAGUCCACAACCUCCACAGUACGUAUUUUGGUAUCAUAAUGAAAAAAUGAUCAAUUACGACAAUAUCAGAGGGGGUAUAGUAGUCAAUACAGAAAAUGGUGGCCGUAGUACCAGCAGGUUGACCAUCCAUGACGUAAUUGACACGGACAGUGGCAAUUACACAUGUGAAACUGCAAAUGCCGAACAAGCUUACGUUUAUGUUUUUGUAUCUGAAGGAGAUACUAUGGCUGCCAUAUCACGCAGAAAGUCCACAGCUUCAGGAAUUGAAGUGAUGCUAUGGUUUGUUGCAUUACCACUAAUGGUAAUAUCUGUUAGAUAAGGAGAAGAGAUUCUACUGUGUAAGUAAUAAAAAUGAUAUGUAUGUAUUUUAUCUUUGUAAAAAGUAUAAUUAUAAUUAUGAUUAUUGUUAAACAUUCAUAAAAAUGUUUUUGUUUACUCACGUCUUAUUUCAAUUACCAGAAUUAAGUAAAAUAAUAACUUUGAAAAACAUUUAGAAUUUAGCCAAUU